AUGAAUUCAUCAAUAUCACUGACUAAGGUACAUAUGAUGUUUGGCUCAGAAUCAAAAAAACAAUUAAAAAUUCCUAAAAUAGUUGAUGAUUACAACAACAAUAUAAACAAUACUGUUAUUAUUAAUUUAUAUCAUAUUGCCAGAACUUUAGAAUCUAUACAAGAACAUAAGAAAUUUCGCAGUGACCUUGUAUGGGAUCUUAUAAACUUCACUAAUAAUGAUGAAAUUCAACUUAGAAACAAUACAAAAAAAAAAAUUUUAGAAAAAACAAAAUGGCUUAAAAUGACAAAACACACUGAGUUUUCGGAUCUGCAGCUAUCACCUAGAAACCACUUAGCUGAAUGGAAAGAAAAGCGUGAA